CUGACAAGGGCCAAGUCUCCAGGCAAAGAGGGAGUCAUUUCUUUCGUGCUUGAGUCAGCAAAGAAAUCAAGAUGGCCAAAGUUCCUGAUGUCUUUGAAGACCUGAAGAACUGUUACAGUGAAAAUGAAGAAUACAGUCCUGAAAUUGACCAUCUCUCUUUGAAUCAGAAAUCCUUCUAUGAUGCAAGCUAUGACCCACUUCAGGAGGACUACAUGGAUAAAUUUAUGUCUCUGAGUACUUCUGAAACCUCUAAGACACCCCAGCUUACCCUCAAUGAGAGUGUGGUGAUGGUGGCAGCCAAUGGGAAGAUUCUGAAGAAGAGAAGGUUGAAUUUAAAUCGGUUCCUCACUGAUGAUGACCUGAAAGCCAUUGCCAAUGAAGUAGAACAAGAAAUCAUGAAGCCCAGAUCAGUCGCACCCAGCUUCCGUAGCAAUGAAAAAUACAACUAUAGGAAGAUCAUCAAAUCCCAGUUCAUCCUCAAUGACAACCUCAGUCAAAGUAUAGUUCGAAAAGCAGGGGGAAAAUACCUCACAGCCGCUGCCUUACAGAAUCUGGACGAUGCAGUGAAAUUUGACAUGGGGGCUUAUACAUCACUAGAAGAUUCUAAACUUCCUGUGACUCUAAGAAUCUCAAAAACUCGACUGUUUGUGAGUGCCCAAAAUGAAGAUGAGCCUGUACUGCUAAAGGAGAUGCCUGAGACGCCCAAAACCAUCAGAGAUGAGACCAACCUUCUCUUCUUCUGGGAACGUCAUGGCAGUAAGAACUACUUCAAAUCAGUUGCCCAUCCAAAGUUGUUCAUUGCCACACAGGAAGAAAAUCUGGUGCACAUGGCAAGAGGGCUACCCUCUAUCACUGACUUUCAGAUACUGGAAACCCAGUCUUGACUCUGGAGUCUACUUACUUGUGAAGUUUUGACAGUCCAUAUGUACUAUGUACACGGAGGAGUCAAAUCUUUUGCUCUUAGUCACUUGCUGAGCAUGUGCUGAGGCUUUGUAAUUCUAAAUGAAUGUUUACUCUCUUUGUAAGAGAGUGAGCAAGGUCUAAUAGAACCAACGUCAACAUAUAA